AUGUGCAAGUUGGAGCAACUGAGGCAUCUACAUUUUUUUGGUAAUUUCUUGAGGUCAACUAAGUCUAGAAAUUUACAAACAUUGGUAUCUAUUUGUACCACGGAUCUUCUACUGAGUGAUCUUCUACAGUUGGAGAGUCUGAAGAAAUUAGGAAUUUAUGUGGAUGGAAAUUUUGACAGAUUCUUACACAAUCCCCAAACUCUCACAUUCACUCGUCUUCAGUCUUUACAAGUGAAUAAUCGUUUUGGCUUUGGCACCAAGAUAGAUAUUGUUCCUUUGAUAUUAAGCUGUCCUCACAUUUAUAAGCUUAGUGUGGUCUCGUCUAUUGUAAGAUUACCAGAAGUCAACCAAUUCUCCCCAAACCUCAUCAAGUUAAGAUUGUUCAAACUCAGACUUAAGGAUGAUCCAAUGCCAACAUUAGAAAAGCUACCAAAAUUAAGAGUCCUUGUGAUUGCCUAUGGUAGUUUUACAGGGGAUGAGAUGGUGUGCUCAAGAGGAGGUUUCCCUCGACUUGAAUCUCUUGAGCUUUGUGCUCUACAUUACUUGAAAGAGUGGAAAGUGGAGGAGAGUGCAUUGCCUACACUUGCCUAUUUGAAUAUUCGUUAUUGCAAGAGAUUGAGGAGAGUUCCAAAUGGAGUAAGAAACAUUGUUACACUCAAUGAGAUAAAGAUAAAUGGUAUGCCUAAGAAAUUCAAAGAAAGAAUGGAGGAAGGAGGAGACGAUUUCCACAAACUCAACCACGUGCCAUCACGUGUAUUCAUCAAUUGUGAUGAAGAUUGAUAGAAUCUCAUAUCAACCUUUGGAGGAUGUGUUUGCCAUUGCCAAUCACCAUUCACCAGUGUCUAGUGUCUGUUAGUUCAAUUAUUAAUAAUUGGAAUGUAAUGUGUAAUAUUCGAAUUGUGCUGUUGUGUUUUAAUUCUUAAAUUACUGUCUCUUUCUGUAAUUGACAAGAGUUCAUGUGCAGAGUGUUAUCUUUUGUUUUUGUGUUCUUCUGUUGAUGUUUUGUAAUUGUUUUCUUCCUCUAAUCAUAGUCUUAGUAUUAAAUUGGAUUUGA